AGCAGAGUAUAUAAACGUGCAGCGGCACCUGCAGUGCAGUGCAGUGCUGCCUCCUGUUUGGAUCGAGCUCAGCUUGAUCGACCGGACAGAAUUAUCACUCAUGGCGACAAGUAUAAGAGCUCUCGUGAUCUUGGCGGCUCUGGCCGUUCUGGGCGCGGUGGCGGCUGCGGCUGCGGCGCUGGACACGUCGCCGGUGGCGUUCGACGCCGGGUUCGCGCCGCUGUUCGGGGGCGACAACCUCGUCCGGUCGCCGGACGGCCGGAGCGUGCAGCUCAAGCUCGACCGCUACACCGGCUCUGGGUUCGUGUCCAAGUCGGCGUACCGCCAUGGCUUCUUCAGCGCUUCCAUCAAGCUGCCCGAGGGCCACACCGCCGGCGUCGUCGUCGCCUUCUACCUGUCGAACGGCGACGAGUACCCGGCGAACCACGACGAGGUGGACGUGGAGCUUCUCGGCAACCGCCGCGGCCACGGGUGGCGGCUGCAGACCAACCUCUACGGCAACGGCAGCACGGGCCGAGGCCGCGAGGAGCGCUACCUCCUCCCCUCCCCCCAAUCUCCCCAACCCCAACAAACCCACAAAUACGGCAUCGCCUGGACGCCCAACGCAGUCAUCUUCUACCUGGACUCCGUCCCGAUCCGCGAGGUGGUCCGCGUGCCGGCCAUGGGCGGCGACUUCCCCUCCAAGCCCAUGUCCGUCUACGCCACCAUCUGGGACGGCUCCGCCUGGGCCACCGACGGCGGCCGCCACAAGGUCGACUACGCCCACGCGCCAUUCACCGCCGUCUUCUCCGACCUCGUCCUCGCCGGGGGCCAUGGCGGGGUGGAGGUGCUCACGGCCGAGGCCGCCGUCAUGACGCCCGCCAAGCGCGCCGCCAUGAGGCGGUUCCGGGGACGGCACCUGACGUACACGGCGUGCAGGGACCGGGUCAGGUACAAGAUCAGCGCCGGCGUGCUGCCCGAGUGCGUUGACGAUGAUGGCGAUGAGGGGUUGGGGUUCCAUGAGUGGGGGGAGGUCGCGAAGAAGGCCGGGUGGGGACGGUCGCCAGCGGCAAGGCUGCGCUCUAGCUUGGAGUUGGAGCAAUUCCUUAAUUAGGAGUAGCUAACAUGGUGUUCUUGGAUCGGAUUGAUCGAGCCAUCAGCGAUGCAUGGCGGCUCAAUCUAGCAUAAUUUUUUAGUACUAUCUCUUCUUCUUCUUUUGCUUUCUUGUAUGUAGUAAACAGGAUUACAGAUUGCUUUCUUGUAUGUAGUAAACAGGAUUACAGAUAGUUGUAAUCGAUCAAUAAAUCAUAUAUACAGUUUAUCCUCACAUGGUUAUGCACUUA